CGUUGAAGUUGAUAUCUUGACGGUUGUAUGAUAAUUUUGGUAAAAUAACCUAAAAUGCUAUGGCGGUAAAUAUAUGUAAUAACAAGUGAAGAAGGGUAUUUACUAUUUAUACGUUGGUUUAUAUAUAUAACAAUGGCUCUGAACGGAAUCAGCUACUGGAAGCGAUUAUGGCGCUGGACCACAUCAGAGAGCCUAUCAUGCGAGGAAUUAGCAUCUGUAUUAGGAAAUAAAGAUGUAGUUGAAGGGUUGAAACAUGGCCUUGCCAGUUAUAAACCACAUAAAGCUGAAAGCUUCACGCAGUUACAAACUAAACAUCCAGACCAAACCAAAUUGUUGAGUGUGGUGCAAACACUUCAGAAUUAUAUUGAUGUGGAUUGUUUUCAAAUAUGGGAAAUAAUGAAGAAUUACUUGUGUGAUAUAUCUUAUGGAACUCCAGGAAAUGCUCUUAAGAAUGUCGCCUUUGUGGAUACCAGACCUGUGUUUCUGCUCCCAAAUCUAUGGACCUUCUAUUAUGCUGAUAGAUUGUUCCUUCUUAAACUGUUACAUUACAUAGUACAAUUCAGAGAUGAACCAAACCAUUUAUAUUCUGAGCAGUUCAAGAAGAUAUUGAAAGAUAUAGGAAUACAGAACUUGAAAACUUCCCUGUUGUCACAGUUUGAAAAAUUAUUAAACACAGCUCCACCGUCUAGAAGGAUGCAGAAUGAUUUUGCUAAUGAAAAUAUAAGACAAGAAUGGGUGGAUUGUAACUUAAGGGAGCAGUUAGCAAUACUACAGAUUGUAUUGUUAAUAGCAGAAGAGGAGAUUUUCACUGAGACUGAAUUUAAUAAGCUGAUCAUGUUGUUCCGGAAGCAUGGGUUUGGUAAGAACCAGGGUUAUAGUGAACUGUUGGAGCAAAGGCAUAAAGAACAUUGUUUAAGGGUGUCUUAUAUGGAAAUAUGCAUCUUCAUGGUCAUUGCAGAUGGUAUGAAAAUUAACAACUUGUCUUCAUGGAUAGACAGCACUAAAGAGAGUGUGGAAGGUGAACUCACUAAGCUACACAUGAGUGCUGAACACAGUGCUAUGCUAAUUACAUGGAUGAUGCUGACUCUACAGAGUGAUGACCAUUCAAAAUUAUUUGAGAGUCAGUACAAACAUUUUGGUGCUACAGCUCUUAGGCUGCAAGUUUUUGAAUUCCUCCUACAAAUGCUAACCAGCUCUGUAUUUUUGGACCAAUCGAAAUGCUCGCUGAUAGCGCGCCGCCGUGUGUUCAGACUUCUCAACGACUUGUGUGACAAGUUUGAUGGUGACGGUACCCUGAGCAACCAGGCUGGGAUCAUGCAGCUUUGCGCUCACCUACUGGAGACACCAGAGAUCAACUGCCAAUUCUGGAAACUCUACCAGAAAGAUGACAACUGUGGGGCAGUGUCUCUAUGGAACACAGCACUUGAAUACUUCCCAUACAAUUUCAAUGCUCUGUCAAUAUUAGCGGGAGGGUUAGCGCAGGGUGGGAAGUGUAGUGUACUGAAACUUUUAGCUGAGCUCAAGAAUCUACCAGUCUAUACAGAAGUCUACAAUCCCCAUGCUGUUCCUAUUAUGUCGUUACAAUCUGAUGACGCUAUUAUCGGGCGGGAAUACUAUCCUCUGGGCGACCCCUCGUAUCGCAUUGAAGUAGGUUCCAAAGCCACUAUAAUGGAGAGAAAGGAGGCCACCAUGAUCCACUUCAGAACUCCAUACACUUACUGGACAGUAUUUAAUAGCGAAAUUGAGAAAGCACUGGACCGAAAGCAACAUCACCAGAAUAAUAUCAUUGUAACGUUAGAAAAGAUAUAUGAAGGAACAAAAGUGUUAAAAGGGGUUUUGAAAACGUUGGUGGAAGAUAAGGAAAUGCCGAAGAACUUGGUGGGGCCAAGCGAGGGCGUGUUUGAUGUGCUAGUGCGGUUCAUGAGAGCUGACAGUCCGCCUCUGCCGCUGUUGGUCGAGUGCCUAGCUGUUUGUACUGCCUUGGUGCCUGUGUUUCCCAAGGAAAUCCAUUCGAGGCUGAUAAACACAGGACUACUGCCACGUGUAAUAAAUCACAAACUGUCUUACACUGAAUACGCUAAUGGUGCAUCAUUCGACUCCGCCGCCGUGGGCGCUUACUUAGUCACAAUAGAACAAUUGAAUGGUACUUACAAGUUCUUGGGAGCAUACAUAGAUUUACUAUGUGCAUUCCAUGAGACGUCAAAUGAAGAUCGCAUUACAACGGAAAUCAUCCUACCCGGUCUUAUACUUAUAAUCCGGGAAGUGUUUCCGAACGUACACGGCUGGCGUUACAGCAACUCUCGGGAGCGUCGAGACAUCAUACACCGAUGCGCGCAGUUCCUUACAUUGGUGUUACAAGAUACUAAGGAUUCCAAUCCCUGCAACCUGUUGCUGAAACAAACUUGUGUGUACAGUUUACUGCACACUGAAAACGCUCUCGAACUGCUGAAAUUUAUAUCUGUUGGUAACGAUCAACUAGAAAGCGUGAUUAGAAACGAAACAAACUGGCUAUCGGGUACAGGUACCCAGUAUAUAUCAACGAUACAGCGUUGCGUUGCGAUCGUGAUCUUUGCUUUAAGACUGAAGUCAAUGGUCAAGAAAGCCACGGAGGUCACACCGCUAGAACACCUGAUAUUCGCGCAGAACAAGCAGAAAGACUUGUUGAAAGUCGUCCCGAGAGUGACCAGCUACAUCAACCAUGCAUUCAAUAAGAGCUUGCCAGUACUCUGCUGCCGUUUACUCAAGAAAUUCGCUGAAGGUUUCCAAAUGUCUCUUUUUGCAUCAUUAGACAUGACCGCAUACCAAGUUCGAGUAAUGUUUCUCGACCGCCUUCGAGACGAAUACGAGACGAUAGAACUCAAAGUAGCCAUCUUGGAGUUUGUAGCCACCUGCGUCGGUACCCAACCAGGGUUAACGGAAGCUUUCUUCAUGAUGAAUCAUGACCACACGAAAAUGGAAACGAAUGCUGAUGAGAAGGACAAGAAAGAUGCAGUUGCUAAAAAAUCUGAGCCAGACGAGAGCUUUGAGGGAAUUUUAGGUUAUAUGGCUGACUAUCUUGAAACUAUAAAAACUAACCCCAAAUUGCUCCACAGUCCUUUACUGUCGUGCAUUAUGGCACUUUUCCAUGCACUAUGGAAAAAUAAUAUGCAGAUUCUUGUCAAGAAACUCCGUGAGAAUCCAAAAUUUUGGGAACAUUUAACUAGUCCUUUGUUCAGUGAAAUCCAGCCGGGACUCAGAACUUACGCACAAAUAUUUAAUGUCCUUGGUAUAGAACUAUUUGUGUCUAGAGAAAAACUUGAGCCUAGUCUAAAAGAAAUGCUGGAGCAAUUUUUUGAUACGAACAAGAAGCAUUUAGAUACUUGGAUUGAUUUUAUAUUCUCCUUCAAGGGUAGACAUAAUUGUAAAGAAAUGGUAGACAAAGUGCCAUCAUGGUUGGGGCUGUUAACGUCUUGGAAAGACUUCAUCACAAUAUUUUGCAAAUGUUUGCCUAUAACAUUGAACAUAGCGCACAAAGCUAAAAUGGUGGCGCCUUGCAUGAGCGCCCUGUUGUACGAGUUGGAUGAGUUGAAAGAUGGAAGGCUAGUUGUCAUAUUGGCUGAACUGUACGUAAUAAUGCUAGCGAACUGGAAAGAUGACUGCUUUGAUAACAGGAAAACCAGUGCUAAACAAGUCGACAGCUUGUUGACGAACACAGCUGUUGUAUACGAGUGUCUGCAUCCAAGAGCGAUCCGUGCUAUACUAUCAAUAGGUACAGUUGCCAUAAGCAGCUUAGAUUAUGAAAUUAAGGCCAACAGUGUGACCGCACAGAGUAUUAUCAGAUCCGUAACUAACAUCAACAGUUUAGAGCUGCAGAAGUUGUUGGAUGAUAUCAAAGACGAUCCUAAAUCUCCAUCAGAAGUUCAAAAUGGCCACCCUGUAAAUGAGAACAUUCCGCCUGUAGUGCUAUCACUUUCAAUGCUGGAGCAGUGCCUGGACCUCUACGACGAUAUGUUCACAGGGCUGGCGCAAUGGUUCCAGUCCAGUAGGUUCAUAAACAAGAUUCUGUGUUGCCUACAAACGUGUCUACAGAACCGCCGUCACUACCACACGUCGUUGGCCGCCCUGCGUUGUUUGACAGCGUAUUCUCGGGGACCGUUUUCAAAAGACUUACUGAAUAGCGAUAUAGACCAGUUUCUGUGGCUGCAGUUAUUGCCUCCAAAGUUCGAUGGCGAUUCGCCGUGGAAGCCGCAGGAGUGGUGGCGGGUGUACGCGUACAGUUUGGACUUCAUAUCCAUGAUGGUGAUGAAGCACGGCCAGUUCUUCGCGAGCGAUGCCAUCACUUUCGUGGGGGUUCACCUUGAGCACCUGAUAGAGGCGGUGCUACUUCCGCGCCAGGUGUAUAACAUCGACGCACUAAACCUAUGCGCUUCUACACUCAACCUAGUAGUGCAACUGGUCAAGUUUGAGGCGAGGUGGCGCAUACAAAAUAUAAACUCCUUGACUGGCAUUAUGCGGAGUAUAAGCGCGUGUCUAUAUCAAUGUGUCACGCUAAUGAUUCGCUCUCGACGUUCGACUGACCCCGCGCUGCAACCGCCGGAUGAUUCGCACAGCCAAGCACCUAAUGUAUUGCAUAGAACAUUGGAGAUUCUGCACAUGGCAACAUUGUGCCUGCUGUCAUUCAGUCCUGAGCUGCUAUCGCUACUGGCCGACCCCGGCCUUGACCUUGAGCGUUGGCAGCCACUCGUCGAACUGCAUUUUGGAGCACCCAAGAUAUCCUACGAGCCUUUCCCACAACUCACAUUUGGAACUCUCGUGUCAGCUAUUUGUUUGUUGACUAAAUCUCUCAAUCAUGCGUACCACACGGAGGAGGGCAGCGGGUCCCGCUCGCCGCGCGCCCGGCGCCGCGCCUGCUCGUGCGGCAGCCCGGCCGCGGCGGCGGGCGAGCGCCGCGCCAACCGCAGCGAGUCGCUCACGUCCAUCUCGUCCGCCGCCAGCCUGCCCGCGCUCAACGAGCGGCUGGUCGCCGGCGCGCUCGACGCCAGCAUCACGCUGCUUGCCUCGCAGGCCCUGCUUGCAGUCCGUGAUCCUAACGUACCAGCUCGCCAUAAACAACUCAUCCGUCGCGAGCUAAGUUCCGAACUAACCAUGUUCCACGACUUUGUGCGCAAGCGCAUACUAUGCGCUGCACAUGCGCGUCCUCACCUGGUGCGAAACAAACUUGGUGCAUGGCCCCUCGCCGCCGACGAAGAGGAAACCAAACGCAUAGAAGAGGCUCGGAAGGAAGGGAACCCAAUGUUGUGCCUUUGUGAUAAUGACGAAGAUAGAUCUCUUCCACCACCACCUCCCCCAAAACGAGCGACCCACGACUCGAUGCGUGAAUACAUACUUCGAAAACACUACUUAGAUAAGUGCGCUCAAACACCAACUAAGGGACCGCCUUCUCCCGUAUCUCAUUCUACACCGACGACUGAUAAAAAGAAGGAGACAUCAAGAAGUUCCAAACGUGUUUCCUGGGCUGAAACGACCAGAAACAGCGACGAUAGCUUAGAUAGUUCCUUACAGGAAAUUGAAGAACCUGCUUACUCUAACCUAACAGAUGUACAAAUCAAUAAUGAUGAAGAUUACUUUCAUUUUAUGUCUGUUGUUUUACUUUACAUUUGUCAAACUGAUUUAUAAUUAUAUUUUCUUAAGUGCUAAAGUGAAUGUAAUAAACUAGCUUGUAUUUUUCUCAA